AUGGCUACUAAUGUAUCUCAAUAUGACAGCAUUGCUGAGAAAUACGUUGAAGGUCAUCAAACGAAUUUUCUCGAAUCUGUCGAAUGUUAUACAGUUUAUCAUUGUUUACUCAAGCCAUUAUUAGAUGAGCAUGGAUUAUUAACAGGAAAACGUGUGCUCGAUUUAGGAUGUGGCCAAGGGCAUCAUACGCGACGAUUGAAAGCUUUAAAUUGUGAUUAUAUUCUUGGCGUUGAUAUCAGCUCAGAAAUGAUUAAACUCGCUCUCGAGGCUGAAAAUGAAAAUCCAAAAGGUCUCAACUACAUUGUUGCCGAUGUGAAAAAGCUUCCACUACCUGAAAAACCUUACGAUUUAGUUACCGCUUUCUAUUUGCUCAAUUUUGCUCGCACACGAGAAGAUCUUCUUGAAAUGGCACGUACUAUCUAUGCACAACUUGGUGAAAAUAAACGAUUUAUCGGUGUGACGGCAAACGUUGUUGGAGGUAAAGAUUCAUUCGACAAACGAAAAUAUGGUGUUGUCAGACAUGUUAACAUUCCUUUGGAUGAAGGUUUGAUACCAGAUGGGACAGAAGUAUUCGUUACUUUGUACAACAAGAAAAACGAACCGACAUGCACAUUUACAACCUAUUAUCUCUCACCCAACACUCAUGAACAAGUGUUUAAAGAAGUAGGCUUUAAAACUUUCGAAUGGGUACAUUAUCAAUGCGAUCCCGAUGUGCCCAAUAAGGCAUUCUACGACGAUUUAAUUAAAUGCGCUAAUGGAAUUGGUGUAAUAGCAACAAAAUAA